CCUCUCCCUUUCAUAUUAUACCCAGCAACGAUAGUUCAAAUCCUCUCUUCACCGUUGUCUCACUCGCCGGAAAUCCCACGAGAUGGAUCCGUGUCCUUAUAUUCGGAUCCUCGUCGGAAACUUGGCCAUCAAAUCUCCGGCCUCCACCAAGCCUUCGUCUUUCUCCGGCCAAGUUCAUCCUUCUACUUCUCCUCCUUGCUUCUGUAAGAUCAAGCUCAAGGACUUCAAAUCCUUCGAUCACCAGUACGCCACCGUUCCUCUUGUCUCGCAUGACGCCGGCGACUCUCAACCUCACUCCCUAGCUGCUUCAUUCGACUUGAGCAAGCCCCUGAUCGACAAGCUUCUGAAAUCGUCCAAAAUCCCUCUCCUGAGGAUUUCCGUUUACAAGGGUCGGAUAAUUACAUCGGCGUUUGGCUUCAGCACCGCCAAGUUAUUGGGGAAAAUUUCUGUGCCCUUGGAUCUUACUUUGGCUGAGUCUCGCGCUUGUAUGUUUCAGAAUGGUUGGGUCUCCCUGGGUGAGAAGAAAAAGGUAUCGUCGGAGCAGUUAUUGCACUUGACUGUCCGGGCUGAACCGGACCCGAGAUUCGUGUUUCGGUUCGACGGCGAACCAGAGUGUAGCCCGCAGGUGUUUCAAAUCCAAGGAAAUGUAAAACAGCCCGUUUUCACUUGCAAGUUCAGUUUCAGGGAUCGAAAUUUGGCUUCUAGGUCAUCUAUAGCAGAGCCAAGCAAUUCAAAAGGCUGGUUGCACUCGCUGAAAUCUCAGAAGGACCAAUCUCCGGAGCGCAAAGGAUGGUCCAUUACGAUUCACGACCUAUCCGGUUCCCCUGUAGCGGCCGCCUCGAUGGUCACGCCGUUCGUCCCCUCCCCCGGCACCCACCGGGUCAGCCGGUCCAACCCAGGCGCAUGGCUUAUCCUUCAACCCGGCGGCGACGGCACCUGGAAGCCUUGGGGGCGACUCGAGGCUUGGCGCGAACAGAACAGUUCCAAUUCGGUGGGUUUCAAGUUCGAGGUGCUUCCGGCCACCGCUGAACCGGUGGCACUCGCCGGUUCAACCAUCAGCGCCAUAAAUGGUGGAAAAUUCACAAUUGAUGUUACCUCUGGGGUCACACCAGUCAACAGCCCACACGGAAGCUGGGAUUUGGGAUCCGGGUCGAGAUCAAGGUCGGGUUCUGGAUCGGGGUCGGAAUUCGGGUUGGAGAAGCAACUAUUUUACCAGGGAUUUGUGAUGUCGGCUACGGUGGACGGAGAGGGGAAGCGGAGUAAACCAGAGGUGGAAGUUGGGGUUCAGCACGUGACUUGCACUGAGGACGCGGCGGCGUUUGUGGCUCUUGCGGCAGCCAUGGAUUUGAGCUUGGAUGCAUGCAAGUUGUUCUCUCAGAAGCUCCGAAAGGAAUUGAGGCAGUAGAUUCAUGUGCCUGUCGUUUUACUGGAAAUUGUGUCGUUUAGGCAACGAGUUCUCUCUUUUUGGCAACUAACAUCGUUUUGAUCGAUUAAUUACCUAGAUUUUUUUCCUGGCAUUUUUUGAGUGACAAUGUACAGCUAUUGCGGCAAAACCCAAAAAAAAAAAAAAAUGUACAGUGAAAUUGAAAUGCAGGAUCUGGUUUUAAUUCCUUUUGUUCA